AUGGAUUUUCGAAAACCUGUUGCUGAACAGAUUGCUGAUAAUCAUUGUAGUAGGGCGACGAGUUCAGAGUACUACUCGCUGGAGAGUACUGAGAGGUCGCUGAGAAUAGAGAGCUGGACGGGGAUCUGUACUCGUACGGAUCGAGCACCGACGACACACCUCCAGUUGGGGCAGAGCUGGACUGCUCCUGCACAGGAGGAGGUGCCGCCUGGUACUGUUGUUGCGACGGAUAAAACUCAGCCUGUGGAACAUAGUAACCAGCCAUGUUGUAGCCUCCAGAAUAGGACAUGGAGUGCUGGUGGUGGUACUGUUGUUGCGGAACAGAGGAGUUCAGCACAUAUGGCUGAGAGUGAGGCUGGUAGGAAACAUGGCGCUGAUGAUAUUGAGGAAGAACCCCCGCAAAGGACGGUUGAGGAUAAUUUUUUCCCGAUGCAAACAUCUUGA